AUGCUGUUGAUCCCUACUCUGGCCGCCGCUAUGCUCGCCGUGCUGUUGUCACCCGUGCCGCCGCCGCCACGUUCGUCAUGCUGCGCUCGCUGUGCCGGCCGCCGCCAUGCUCGUCAUGCUGCGCUCGCUGUCCCCGCUACCGCUACGCUCGCCUUGACGCUGUGGCCGGGCUUGCCGAAAUGCUGGCCUACGGUCGCCCACGCCGCUGAGAUCGUCCAGGAGCUCAACUGGUCCGGCCAAGAUAAGCAGCGGAAUCUUGGAGUUCGACGACAUCCGACGUGUGAGAAAUGGAGUUCAAAGCACGACAAAUCGUUGACGACUACCGGGCGUAUUGGGGAGGACUGCCGCGCGUAUAUGCAGUACCCGCCUCGGCUCUUUGUGAUCAUGAGAGGCCUCCCGGGCAGUGGCAAGACAACGUUUGCUCAAGAGGUCACUCGUUAUGCAGUAACUGUUGAUUUCCGCGCAUCGAUUUGCUCAGCUGACCUCUUCUUCCAGCGCGGAGGAUCCUAUGCGUUCGACGCAAGUCGGCUUUGGGAGGCGCAUCGAAGCUGCUACGAACAAUGCAGAGAACUCCUGUGGCGCAGCCCCGACCGUGGCGUGGAUAUCGUUAUCGUCGACAACUGCAACCUUCGGAUGGAUGAUUUUGAGCGCUAUCAGGAUCUGCACAUUCCCUCGGACAAGCUUGCGGUUGCUGCGUUCGAAUGCCCCCCUAGCAUAGCGGAAGCAACACAGCUCUUGGAACGAGCUAAUCGUGUUGGCCACGCUAUCCCUGGUCGCACUUUCGUUGAGUACUUCAACAUCUGGAGACACAACGCACCGGAGGAGCCGCGCCCCGACAACGAGGUGGACACCGUUGAUGAGCGGCACAUCGAUAACGAGCUAACCACCGUCAAUAUGCCGCGCGCCUACAUCAUCACGCUGGAAGAGUUUAUGCGUGAUCGCUAA